AUGGAUGGAUGGCCGCCUUCCUGGCCGCCCCUUUUCGGGCCGCCCCUUCCGCCCCUUAGACCGACUAGCUGUGUAAAUGGCAAAGCGACAGCAGCAUUUGCUAACUUUGCUGCAGCAGCAACAAAGGCCACACGGCUACAACAAGAACUACAUAAAUGUAUCUGUAUCUAUAGCUAUAUCUAGCUAAGCGAUGGCCGUGCAUUGUAUUGCAGUUACGUGCUCGAUGGUCCAGCAAAAUGGCGAAGCGAAAAAUCUCUGAAACAAAAUCAACAAAGGAGUAGCAGGAACAGCAGGGUGCUUUUCGUUUGUAAAGACUUGAAUACACUUUUCGCGUAA